UCACACUUGCACAUCUCUAGCGCUGCAGCUGCACAAGCCAAAUUUUUUAUUUUUCUUGAAAAAAAAACAUCAGAAUUUUGAGGAAAUUAAUCUGAAUUAAGUAAUUAUUUAGUAGCAAUAUGGAAACGACAAGCGUCAGCACAGUUAAGCCCAAACGAAAAGAUAAAUCCGAAGACGUACAAGAGGAGAGGCAGAAGGAAGAGGAGACGCCGAGUGGCGAGCCACAGAGGAAGCUACUGCGCCUCGGCGAAACUCUGGACAAACCGCUGGCCGUGCCGGAGGUGCAACUAAAUGCGGUCUAUCAGCAAAAGGAGCUCACGCAGUGGCUACAGACGACAUGGACAAAGGCGAAGGGCGGCGAGACCGUCAAAGAUGAUAAAACCGGCGCACAAGUGUUUGGUGAUCCGUUUCAGAUUUGCCUGCUGCCAGGCCUGCUGGCGGAGGGCACCAGCAAAGCUCUGGUGUCCGAAAUCAUUGACAAAGUUACAUGGUCGCGCAAGCAGAUGGACCUGUACGAGUUCUACCAAAGCACAGAUCUGUCCAACAUGCCCCGCUGUCGGCUGCUCACAAAUUUCCUGCAAGUGUUGCGCAAACAAGUCCGCCCCUGGCUGGAGAAGGUGACGAACCUGAAGCUGGACUACGUGUCGGCCUCCUGCAGCAUGUACACCUGCGGCGACUAUCUGCUGGUGCACGACGACCUGCUCAAGGACCGACAAAUAGCCUUCAUCUACUACCUGUCGCCCUGGGAGGGCGCUGAGGAGUGGAACGAGACGCAAGGCGGCAGCCUGGAGAUCUUCUCCAGCGACUCCCAGUGCUUUCCCCAGUUCCCAGUGCAUCGCAAAAUAGCCCCCAAAGAUAAUCAAUUUGCAUUCUUCAAAGUCGGCUCGCGCUCCUUUCACCAGGUGGGCGAGGUGACCACAUUCGACUACCCGCGUCUCACCAUCAACGGCUGGUUUCACGGCGAAACGAACGAGGCCUUCGUACCGGACUCCAUGCGCGCCUUUCCCCGCCUGAGCUACCUGCAGCCGGACAGCUCGAGCAAACAACAGCCGCUGGCCCUUCUGCUCAAUAAUGUCUACCUAAAGACGGCCACGCGACGCAGUAUUCAGAAGCGCAUCGAGGAGAACUCGGAAAUCUGCCUCUAUGAAUUCUUCAAACGCGAAAAGUUCGAGCUGGCUCGGGCGCAGCUCUUGAACGACUCGGACUCGCUGGUCUGGCGGCGGCAGGGACCCGCCAAUGCCCACAAUUACGAGGUCAUGGAUCUGAGCACAGCAAGGGGCACGAUCCAGGAGCUGCUGCAGCUGUUCCGCAGCAAUGCCAUGUUCGAUCUGCUGCGCGACUUCACCGACCUCGACUUGAGUGGCGCCGACGCCGUGACGCCCAAAUGCAGCGUGGAGCUGCAGCGAUGGUCGCACGGGAACUACACUGUCCUCGGCGAUGGGCUGGUUAGCGAGGAGAACACACUCGAUCUGGUCUACUAUCUGAAUGCGGCGGAAGGUGCUGCAGUCAUCACAUACCUCUCGCCCGACGGCGAGCUGCCCAACGAGAAGCAGAAGCAGACAUCGGGCUCUGAUGAGGAGGAUGACGAUUCAGUGCUGCUCACCAUAUCGCCCGUGGACAAUGCCCUGAACAUUGUCUACCGCUGCGAGGGCACCACCAAGUUUACCAAAUACGUGUCGCGCAAUACGCCCUUGGAGAAGGGACCCGUUUUUGUUAUAUCCUGCAGCUACAAGGAGUAGUCUAGAUGCCGGUCCUGCUGCCUGCAUGCGCACAAUCUUCUGGGACACUCUAUAAACAUUUCGUAGCAGCGGUCUAAUGUACAGAACUAAAUUUACCGAAUAAAAAUGAUGUAGAAAA